CUUGACCGUUUCGACAGCCUCCUGCGUUACUAACACAGCCCAUCGACAACAGAAGGUUCGAUUCGUCAAGUCGAAAGUCCAACCUCCAACAUGGCCGAUUCUCAGGUUACUCUGCGCACGCGCAAGUUCAUCCGCAACCCCCUCCUCGGACGCCGCCAGAUGGUCGUCGAUGUCCUCCACCCCAACCGCGCCAACGUCUCCAAGGACGAGCUCCGUGGCAAGCUCGGUGAGCUCUACAAGGCCAAGAAGGACGAUGUCUCUGUCUUCGGCUUCAAGACACACUUCGGUGGUGGCAAGAGCACCGGCUUCGCCCUCAUCUACGACUCCGCCGAGGCCAUGAAGAAGUUCGAGCCCCGCUACAGGCUCGUCAGAUACGGCAUGGCCACCAAGGUCGAGAAGGCCUCUAGGCAGCAGCGCAAGCAGCGCAAGAACAGGAUGAAGGAGCUCCGGGGCACAGCCAAGACCAAGGGUGGCGCGAAGAAGGACAAGAAAUAAGCGGUUUCGCUACGACAAUGAUCACGACGAAGGUCAUGUUCGGGGUGGAGCGGCGAUUCUUCUGGGACUGGUUCGCCUGGUUCUUUAUCAUGGUGGACAUGGAGUUGCAGCGGGCAUCGGCAUCGUGUACAGCAACUGCGAACGCCUGAAAAUUACUUGCGGACAGGAACGACACUACGGAUGGCGUUUGAGAUUCCUUGUCUGCUAACCAUCAAUGCAUAUCAUGGAUCUUUCGAUUUUCCAAACAACGCCAUCAAUUCGCACUUCCACCCUCCGCGCCCAGUCCCAUCCUUUUUACCAACUUGUUUGUAACAAUCGGCAGUGGUUCGCUAUUGCCUGUCGAUUUUGAACUCCGGCCUGCUUUUCAGAUGUCAUUCGCGAAAAAACGCCGAUGCCUGUAGAUCUCAUGCCGCAGCUACCUGAGUUAUGCCAAUUCGUGAGCCGGGGUCGAUAGAUCCCAUGCACGCAGAAACGAUAGUUCCUGAUUCU